UUAAAAAACAAUGAGCUCUUCAUCGGUUGCAUCGGUAAAGCCAAACAAAAAGCAGACAUUUAGUAGCAGACAAUCGCGCGGUCACCGCAAGGAUGUGGCCAUCGAUAGCAAGCAUCGCAUCUCCGAUGAAGAUCUUCUCCAAAAGCCAUUCAUUACACCCGAAGAUGUUAUACGUUUGCCGACAAUUGCUAAACAUUACUUGUGUCCGCCCGAAGCAAACGUCUACGAUAUCGAGUUUACAAGAUUUAAGAUCAGAGAUAUGGAAACGGGAUUAAUAUUAUUCGAGAUCGUAAAGCCGACCGCAACCGAUCCAGACGGUGAUGAUGGCCACGAUUUGGACGAUCAGCAAAUGGACGCCAAUUCGGGUCGAUUUGUUCGCUAUCAGUUCACAUCGCAAUUCUUGAAGCUCAAGACGGUUGGCGCUACUGUUGAGUUCCGCAUCGGUGACAAACCGAUCAACAGUUUUCGUAUGAUUGAGAAGCACUUCUAUGGAGAGAAACUAUUGAAGACUUUUGACUUUAAUUUUGGUUUCUGUAUUCCUAAUAGUCAUAACAGUUGUGAACAUAUUUAUGAAUUUCCUACACUUAGUACUGAAUUAUGCGAAGAGAUGAUCGCCAAUCCAUUUGAGACCCGAUCCGAUAGCUACUACUUUGUGGACAAUAAGCUAAUAAUGCAUAAUAAGGCCGACUAUGCCUACAAUGGAGGACUAUGAGGCUCAUCGUCCAAUUUAUAGUUGAUUACGUCCUUUAAUUAAUUAAUUAAUUAAUUUACAAAAAAAAAAUGAAAAGCAAAUCAAUUGACCAAAUCAUACAAUUUUGAAUCACACUAUAUAUUAUUAUUAU